AUGUUAGCUUUUGAGGACAACUUUAAUGACGAAUAUGAAUAUAUUGGAGGUGUGUCUUUACCAAAUUCAAAGAAAAAAAAACCUAUUAAAGAUAGGCAAGAAAAUCCAAGAAACGCAUUGGAAAUUACAGAAAUAGGUACUAUUAUAUUAAACGAUAUAAUAGAUAAAUACCCUUUUAUUUAUCAGGGUAAUAAUAUGAAUGAUAAUAAACUUAUAGAGACCGUUUACCAACUUUUAAAAGAAAGAUCGUUUAUUUUAACAAAUUUAGAAUUUGAUUUAUUAUUAAGGUAUUUAAGAGAAAAUAUAUUUACAGUAUUAAAAAAUAAAAUUAUACAUAAACAUCCAUUAUUUGAUUGUAUAAAAAAUCAUGACAUUGGUACAAGAUUUAAAUUAUUAAACGCUAUAGGCAAUAAUUUUGAUUAUAAAAAAAAGGUAGCUAUAACUAAAGCAAUGUCUUCCACGUGGAAUGGUUUGAAUGAUUUGUUUAUUUAUGAAGAUAGAAGAAUAGAUUUUAAAAAUGACCUUAUACAUUCUCUUUUUAUGAUUUUAUACGCAUGUAAAUUACCAGGGUUUGAAGAUGUAAGUAUUUUACAAGAUUAUUCUAUGAUGGUGGAUGAAAUAAAAAAUAAUGAUUUCAAUAAAAAUAAUCUUAUGCUUUUGUUUUUAAGAACAGCCGAUACAUCAUUAUUACCAUCGAAAGAUAUUAAUCAUUUAACAUAUUCUGUUAAUAAUGAAAUUUUACGUAUUAAUAUAUCUAUGCUUUUAAGAGAACUUUCUUAUUCUAUUAGAUCAGGAUCAUUUGAAAACAAGGCAUCGGAUAUGUUGUUACUUUUAUUAAAAGAAAUAAAAAUGCUGCGGCAAGGUCUGAAGAAGAAAAUCUAUUACAUGCUAUUUUAG